GCAGGGGGAGCGGGCUGGCGGCGCUGCGGGACCCCUGCGUGGCGGCUGACUAGGAGAGGAGAGCCCCGGAGUUCUGGCCCACGUGACCUGCGGCGGUGGGGGCGCUGGCCUGCGGGGCCUCUGCCUGAGGACUCGCCGAGGGGAGGGAACUCGCCGUGGGGAGGGGCCUCGGACACCCGCCCGUCGCCGAGGCGGCCGCUGCUGCAGCUUCGCCUUGUCGGCGGUGCUCCGCAGGCUCUCCCGCCCCAGGGAGAAAUGUUGCUGAAGUGCUGCUGAAAGGGCCAGAGAUGCAAGGAUUUGGGACACGUUUUGAACCUUUAAGCUGUCUGACAUUGACCUCCUUUCAUUAUUAAUAAAGAAGAAGCAGGAGCUUAGGAUGUAUUAACGCCAACUCAUUAGUAUACUAACCGGACAAUAUUCUGCAACAAUUCUACAUUGUAGAACUGCAUUGGCGUAAAAUGAAAUAAUUUCAUAUUAUACCCAGCUUAUAAUAUGACUCGAUGGAGGAAAAUUUGAUAAGCAUGAGGGAAGACCAUUCUUUUCAUGUUCGUUACAGAAUGGAAGCUUCUUGCCUAGAACUGGCCUUGGAAGGGGAGCGUCUGUGCAAAUCAGGAGACUGCCGUGCUGGUGUGUCAUUCUUUGAAGCUGCAGUUCAAGUUGGAACUGAAGACCUAAAAACCCUUAGUGCUAUUUACAGCCAGCUGGGCAAUGCUUAUUUCUAUUUGCAUGAUUAUGCCAAAGCAUUAGAAUACCAUCAUCAUGAUUUAACUCUUGCGAGGACUAUUGGAGACCGGUUGGGGGAAGCCAAAGCUAGUGGCAAUCUGGGAAACACCUUAAAGGUUCUUGGGAAUUUUGAUGAAGCAGUGGUUUGUUGUCAGCGACACUUAGAUAUUUCCAGAGAGCUAAAUGAUAAGGUAGGAGAAGCAAGAGCACUUUACAAUCUUGGAAAUGUGUAUCAUGCCAAAGGGAAAAGCUUUGGCUGCCCUGGUCCUCAGGACGUAGGAGACUUUCCAGAAGAAGUCAGAAACGCUCUGCAGGCAGCGGUGGAUUAUUAUGAGGAAAACCUAUCACUGGUGACUGCUUUGGGUGACCGAGCAGCCCAAGGACGUGCCUUUGGAAAUCUUGGAAACACACAUUACCUCCUUGGCAACUUCCGGGAUGCAGUUAUAGCUCAUGAGCAGCGUCUCCUUAUUGCAAAAGAAUUUGGAGAUAAAGCAGCUGAAAGAAGAGCCUAUAGCAACCUUGGAAAUGCGUAUAUAUUUCUUGGUGAAUUUGAAACUGCCUCUGAAUACUACAAAAAGACACUACUAUUGGCUCGACAGCUCAAAGACAGAGCUGUAGAAGCACAGGCUUGUUAUAGUCUUGGGAACACACAUACUUUACUUCAAGACUAUGAAAAGGCCAUUGACUAUCAUCUGAAGCACUUGGCAAUCGCCCAGGAGCUAAAUGAUAGAAUUGGUGAAGGAAGAGCAUGUUGGAGCUUAGGAAAUGCAUACACAGCUCUAGGAAAUCAUGAUCAAGCAAUGCAUUUUGCAGAAAAGCACUUGGAAAUUUCAAGAGAGGUUGGAGAUAAAAGUGGUGAACUAACAGCACGACUGAAUCUCUCAGAUCUUCAAAUGGUUCUUGGUUUGAGCUACAGCACAAACAAUUCAGUAAUGUCUGAAAAUAUUGAAAUUGAUAACAGUUUGCAUGGUGCACGCCCCAAGUUUGGACGCCGACACAGUAUGGAAAACAUGGAACUUAUGAAGUUAACACCAGAAAAGGUACAAAACUGGAACAGUGAAAUUCUUGCUAAACAAAAACCUCUUAUUGCCAAACCUUCUGCAAAGCUCCUCUUUGUCAACAGAUUGAAAGGGAAAAAAUACAAAACGAAUUCCUCCACUAAAGUUCUCCAAGAUGCCAGUAAUUCCAUUGACCACCGAAUUCCAAGCUCUCAAAGGAUCAGUGCAGAUACUAUUGGAGAUGAAGGGUUCUUUGACCUGUUAAGCCGAUUUCAAAGCAAUCGGAUGGAUGAUCAGAGGUGCUGCUUACAAGAAAAGAACUCUGGAUCAGCUUCUACAGCAGCUUCUUCCACUCCCCCCAGAAUGAUGCUAAAAACGCCCUCUGCUUCCGUGGUGUCCCCCAACACAGAUGAGUUUUUAGACCUUCUCGCCAGCUCACAGAGCCGCCGUCUGGAUGACCAGAGGGCCAGUUUCAGUAACUUGCCAGGACUUCGUCUGACGCAAAACAACAAUCAGUCACUACUUGGCCACCUGAUGACUAAGGACAGCAAAGAGCCUGACGAAGAUUUCUUUGACAUCCUUGUAAAAUGUCAGGGCUCCCGAUUAGAUGAUCAAAGAUGUGCACCACCACCUGCUGCCACAAAGGGACCGACAGUACCGGAUGACGACUUCUUCAGCCUUAUUUUACGGUCUCAGGCAAAAAGAAUGGAUGAACAGAGAGUUCUUCUACAAAAAGAUCAAAACAGAGACACUGAACUUGGGCUAAAGGACCUUUUGCAGAGUAAUGCUUUGUUGGAACUUAAAAAUUCAGGAAAAAAAUAAG